AUGACUGAAGCAAGAUGGUACUUUGACUUUGGCUGUUCGAGACAUAUGACUAGGAAUUCAAAGUAUCUUAUGUCUAUUCAACCUAGUAGUGGAUCAGUGACUUUUGGUGAAGGUCAAAAGGGUAAGAUCGUUGGCAAAGGCAUUCUAAAUGUGCCAGGAUUACCUCAUCUGGAUGAAGUUCUCCUGGUUAAUGGUUUACGAGCUAAUCUCAUAAGUAUUAGUCAGCCGUGUGAUCAGAAUUGGAAUGCCUGUUUCAAUCGAGACUGCUGUAGUGUUCGAGAUAAGCAGCAACAGCCGCAGCGCGACCCAUCAAAAAAUCCACCAAAAAAUGUCUGGAGGAAGGAGGAUGGCGCCGAGCCAUCCACCUUGAACGCCAAGAAAAGAGACCACGACCAGAUAUCGGAGCAGGAUGAUAGCGAGAAGGAAACCGAGAUGGUGCCCAGACGACAAAAGAAACACACUAUACAUUUCAUCUAUGGUGGACCAGCUGGCGGCGACACACCUACAGAGAGGAGGAAGUGGAGCAGGCAGCUGUACGUGGGAGAAGUGGUGAGUCUUCCAAAAGGGAAGAAGCAGAGGCGGGAGGCCAUCACUUUCUGUGACGAGGACCUUCCCGAGGGCCCCUUACCCCAUCGCGACGCACUAGUGAUUAAGAUGGACAUUAAUGAUAUGAUCGUACAUCCCAUCUUGGCCGACACGGGAAGCUCGGUUAACAUGAUGUACUACGACGCCUUCACCAAGUUGGGGCUACCUAGAGGCCAGCUCAAAGAGGUACGAACUCCAUUGUCUGGGUUUACUGGGGAUUCCGUGGAAACAGAAGGGUCGGUGACCCUGCCCGUGGAGAUAGGCACGAGCCCCAACAUUCGCAAGAUGGACAUGGAGUUCAUCGUGGUAAGGCUCACUUGUGCGCACAACAUCAUACUGGGGAGGCCAGCACUAGAGGACCUCAAGGCCAUAAUAUCAAUGGAACACUUGUGCAUGAAGUUCCCCACUCCGAAUGGGAUAGGAGUCGUCAGAGGUGACCGACGGGCGGCCCGCAGUUGCUACGUGAAGGCAUGCAAAAAGAUUGGCAGCAAGGACUUACAGGUCCACACGAUCGCGGAGAAAAUUUUCAAAAAAGAAGAGGCCUGGCCCCGCGCCGAGCCCGUGUCAGAGACGGAAGAUAUAGUUCUGGAUCCCUCCAGACCAGACCGAGUGGCGAAGAUCGGCACAGGCUUAAGCCCAGAGCUAAGGGCCCAAAUAGUGGAUGUAAUUCGUCGUUCUCACACGGUGUUCGCAUGGGGGCCAGAGGACAUGCCGGGCAUAGAUCGAAGGAUCAUAACCCACAAGCUCGCGGUCGACCCCAGCGGAAAACCAGUGCAUCAGCGAAAAAGGUAUAUGUCGGCAGAACGAAGAGAGUUCGUGAAAAAGGAGGUGACCGCAUUACUCAACGUAGGGCACAUCAAGGAAAUUUACUACCCACAGUGGCUGAGCAACGUAGUCUUAGCUCCCAAAGGAUCGACAUGGAGGAUGUGCGUGGACUACACGGACCUCAAUAGGGCAUGCCCUAUGGACCGUUUUCCACUACCCAAUAUAGAUCAAUUGGUGGAUGAGACGGCAGGAUGUGAACUCAUGAGCUUCAUGGACGCCUUCCGUGGGUACCAUCAGAUAUCCAUGCAUGAGGAGGAUGCAGAGAAGACCGCCUUCAUCACUCCUGAGGGGAUAUUCUGCUACUUGGUCAUGCCGUUCGGAUUGAAGAAUGCCGGGGCCACAUACACUCGCAUGGUGGCAAAGCUGUUCAAGUCAGUACUGGGACGAAACAUGGAAGUGUACGUGGACGACAUGAUCGUCAAAAGUCGCAAGGCCACUUCCCAUGCCGAGGAUCUCAGCGAGGUAUUUUCCAUUAUGAAAAAAUUUAAUUUGCGCUUGAACCCAAAAAAAUGCACCUUCGCCGUUGAUGGGGGCAAAUUUUUGGGCUUCAUGGUCACCAGGAACGGCAUUGAGCCGAAUCUAGAAAAAGUAAGGACUAUCCUUGACAUGGAGCCUCCACGGUCCAUAAAGGAAGUCCAGAGACUCAACGGGCGUCUGGCGGCCUUAGGCCGUUUUCUAUCGAAAUCGGCUGAACGUUCCCUCCCCUUCUUCCAAAUCUUGAAAAAGAGCAAAGGGUUCGAGUGGACGCCGGACUGUCAGAAGGCCUUCGAAGAGUUGAAAAAAUACUUGUUGUCCCCGCCCCUGCUAGCAAAGCCAGAGGCAGGUGAAACCCUAAUCCUGUACUUGGGCGUAUCACAGGGUGCGAUCAGCUCCGUGCUGGUCAAAGAAGAAGGAGGGACUCAGCGUCCCAUCUACUACGUAAGCAAAGCCCUUCACGACGCAGAGCUCCGGUACAGUGUGUUGGAGAAAACAGUAUUUGCUAUAGUCACUUCAUCAAAAAGGUUAGCUCACUACUUCCAAGCUCACCCCAUCCACGUACUUUCACAUCAGCCGUUGGGAAGCUUCCUACGGAAUACUAACAGCUCCGCCAGGAUGGCACGGUGGGCCAUGCACCUCAGUCAGUUUGACAUAGAUUUUAAACCGAGGCCCGCCAUCAAAGGCCAAGCGCUUGCAGACUUUAUAGUGGAGUGCACAGCUCGGGAAGUAGCGGAUCAAGUAGAAACUGAAGAUGGAGGGUGGUGGACUUUGUCCACAGACGGCUCUUCCAACAGCAAAGGCUGCGGCGGCGGUGUGGUGCUCGUCACUCCGGAGGGAUUCCGCGCCUACUAUGCCAUCCGAUUCCACUUCAAGUUGUCUAACAAUGAGGCGGAGUACGAGGCCAUCCUCAAUGGACUGCGAUUGGCGGCGGGACUACGAGCUGGAAAGGUCCGAAUUCGAUGCGACUCCAAGCUGGUUGUCAGCCAGGUGUCCGGGGAGUAUGAAGCCAACGAAGGAAGCAUGCAGAAAUACAGAGACGCGGUGUUGAGAACCUUGCGCGAGUUCGAGGGAUAUGAGAUACACCAGGUACCGAGAGAGCAGAACGCCGACGCCGACAAGCUCUCAAAGCUAAGUACCGGAGUCCCCGGCCACAUUAGGAAGAUCGCUCGACUAGAAGACCUCGAGACUUCAAGUAUCGACGUCUCGUGGGUCUUCCCUGUGCAGACUAGGGAGCCAUGUUGGAUUGAUCAUAUCAAGCGAUACAAGGCAGAUGGCACCCUACCGCAAGACGAGGCAGACGCCAAGGUAACGAAGUUACGGGCACCUAGCUACGUUGUCUCGGGCGAUAAGUUGUACAAACGCUCCUACAACGGCACGUUACUGAGGUGUCUAUAUCCAGAUGAAGCGAAGUUGGAGAUAAAAGAAGUCCACGAGGGAGUAUGCUCCGCGCACCAAGGGGCGUACACCAUUGCGCGCCGCAUCAUGCUACAAGGGUAUUUUUGGCCCAAAAUGCUGAGGGAUUGCGCCGAAUAUACAAAGCGAUGUCCCAAGUGCCAAGAAUUCCAAGCACUGCCGGGUCGAUCUGCGACGAACUACACCCUGAUAAGCACCGCGAUUCCUUUUUCAAGAUGGGGAAUUGACCUGGUAGGGGCCCUUCCCACGGGGACUGGAAGCAGAAAGUACAUCAUCGUGGCCAUUGACUAUUUCACGAAAUGGGUGGAGGCCGAGCCCCUAGCGAGCAUCACUGCAGCAAGGUGCAAAAGGUUUGUCGAGAAAAACAUCCUGUAUCGUUUCGGUAUCCCCCUCCAGGCGAAUGGGCAAGUGGAGAAUGCGAAUAGAACCAUCCUCGACGGCCUCAAGAAAAAGCUAGAAGUAGCCGGCGGAGCCUGGGUGGAGGAACUCGAUGGCAUCCUCUGGGCCUAUCGCACGACACCAAGAAGGGCCACCGGAGAAACCCCGUUCGCACUCGCCUAUGGAUUUGAAGCUCGGGCCCCGGUGGAAGUAAUCAUACCUAGUAGAAGGGUGGAGGAAUUCGAGUCAGAACAAAAUGAACUCCACCAAAGGGUGGAUCUAAACUUCUUGGAUGAAAAGAGAGAGGCGGCAUUCUGCAAGAUGGAGAACUAUGGUCGUCAACUAAAGUCCUACCACGACGCAAAAGUCCGACCCCGUUACUUCCAAGUCGGCGACCUUGUGCUGCGAAGAAGGGAAGCCAGCCAACCCCUUGAAGGGGGAAAAUUCGCAAAAAAGUGGGAGGGGCCUUACGUCGUGGAGGAAGUCGUUCGUCCAGGGACAUACAAGUUAAGAACUACAGGGGGAAGAAUGAUCGAUCGGGUAUGGAACUCGGAACAUUUGAUCAAAUACUUUCCUUAA